UUCUCUACAUAUAGAGUCCAUGAAUGCUCCCUGCAAAUAAAGCCGUAGAGACUAAUAUGGCGACAUCAAUACCCAACACCGGCAAAGCGAUAAGCUUGAAGCUUCUCGUAGACAAGAGCUCUAACAAGGUGCUGUUCGCAGAGGCCGGAAAGGAUUUCGUGGACUUCCUCUUCGGACUCUUUCAUAUUCCCAUUGGUUCCAUAAUGGGGCUUCUUUGGAGUCAUGGCAUACCUGGGCCUGGAUCGCUGAGUAGCGUCUUUGAGAGUAUCCAAAACCUUGACCCCACCUGUCUUCACCAAACCAAGGAAGAACUCUUGAUGCCUGAACCGGCCUUCCCAUCAAACACCCAUCCGCCUCCCUUGUUGCUCAACUUCGUACCGCCAAAACAGCAGACCGGAGUUGAUGAUGAGAACCAGUUCUUCUCUUCGAAAACUCGCUUUGGUUCUCAUGCUGUUGAUCUGGAGUCUCUGAUCCAUAGUUCUCCUCUGAAGAGAUCGGCGGUUAAAGACAAGGAGACAGGGUAUGUUAAAGGUGUGGCGACAUUUACGGUGAUGGAUAAUUUGAUGGUGAAACCCAUGUCAACCAUUACUAGCAUCACCCUCCUCAAUACCUUCAACGUCAAAGAUUUCAGUUUGCUCCAGGAGAAGACGGUCAAUGUUGACAUACAGAAGGGCUUGGAGAUGGUGAAGGCUUCAUUCGGGUCAACCACAGUUCUUACAGAUGUUUUCCUUGAGGAGAUAAUUGCUUAGUCCUCUUCAACUUUGAAAGCCAAUCCGAGUAGACAUCAAGUGUGUAAAUUAAGGGUUUUUAUGUAAUGUGAAGAGGCAUUCUUCAAGGGUUUUAUCAUUUUGGAAAAACAUAAAGGUAAAGGUAGAAUUGCUGGGCUAUGUGUAAUUUAUGGGUUUCACUUGAUGAGUGGAUUUGCCUAGCUUGUUUCCCUUGGGGAAGGUUAUAGUUGUUGUUGUUUUUUCCUUUUCUUUUUCUGAAAUGAUUAUCGUUAUAUAUAUAACUUGUUUUCAAUUAAUGCUUUAGAAAAAUUAAUUAUUUUUUGGUGUUUGACUUUUA